AUGAUUGUUUGGGACUAUUUAGCGAAAGGAACUAUAGAUAUUGAACAUAUAUACGAAAUUGACCAAAACUUUAAAGUUUUAAUUGACUCACUCUAUGAAUGUGUGAAGUCAAACAUCGACCAAAAUGUUUUCCAGCGCCAGUACAACUUGAAGUUUGUCAUCAACAACAUUGCAGGUGAAGAAUGUCCUCUUCUGCCAAAUGGAAGAAAUAUCCGUGUAACAACUGAAAACAUCAGGAAAUUCAUCAUCCUCGCGAAAGAAUUUAGAAUUAAUGAAUUAACAAAAAUCCUCAAAAUGAUGAGAGACGGAUUUCUUGAGAACCUCAACUUCACUCCUCCUGCAUAUGUUAAUGGAUACACUCUUCAAUACGCGGCAUGUGGAGAAAGGGACAUUCCAACAGACAAAUUCAUCAGCAUGCUUAAAUUCUCUGGCCAGAAUCAUACAAACAUUAACUGGCUCAUUAAUGUUGUACAGAGAUUCAACUCCGAAGAAAGAACAGCUUUGUACAAGUUCAUCACUGGAAGAACUCGACUUCCUGUUGGAGAAGAUCCUCCUUCACUCACAAUUGACAACGCACACACACUUGAUAUGAUGCCUACAGCAUCUACUUGCUUCGACCAACUCCACCUCCCUGCUUACUCAUCUCCAGAUAAGAUGUACACUUUAGUCAGAGCUGCUGUUCUAUUUACUGACUCUAUGGAAAUGCAUUGA